AUGGAGAUCGAGAUGACCUUCACGGGGGCGGUCGUACCGCCAUGCAAUAUUAAUAUAACUGUGGAGGAGGAUGCGCGGAUGAAGAUGGCGAGGCGGGAGCUGCAGACACAAUCUCGAUUGCAGACACAGUUGAGUUUAAUGCCCCUGGGGGCGUGUGCUGCGAGAGUCACGCUGGGUCACGCUGGCGGGGGGCCGCCGCCCCCCCCCCCCUGGGGUCACGCUGGCGGGGGGCCGCCGCCCCCCCCCCUGGGUCACGCUGGCGGGGGGCCGCCGCACCCCGCCACGGGUCACGCUGGGCGGGGGGCCGCCGCCCCCCCGCCCCGGGUCACGCUGGCGGGGGGCCGCCGCCCCCCCGCCCCGGGUCACGCGGGCGGGGGGGCCGCCGCCCCCCGCCCCGGGGUCACGCUGGCGGGGGGGCCGCCGCCCCCCGCCCCCGGGUCACGCUGGCGGGGGGCCGCCCGCCCCCCGCCCCGGGUCACGCUGGCGGGGGGCCGCCGCCCCCCCGCCCCGGGUCACGCUGGCGGGGGGCCGCCGCCCCCCCGCCCCGGGUCACGCUGGCGGGGGGCCGCCGCCCCCCGCCCCGGGUCACGCUGGCGGGGGGCCGCCGCCCCCCCGCCCCGGGUCACGCUGGCGGGGGGCCGCCGCCCCCCGCCCCGGGUCACGCUGGCGGGGGGCCGCCGCCCCCCGCCCCGGGUCACGCUGGCGGGGGGGCCGCCGCCCCCCCGCCCCGGGUCACGCUGGCGGGGGGCCGCCGCCCCCUCCCCGCCCCGGGUCACGCUGGCGGGGGGCCGCCGCCCGCCCCCCCCCCCCUCCCCGCCCCGGGUCACGCUGGCGGGGGGGCCGCCGCCCCCUCCCCGCCCCGGGUCACGCUGGCGGGGGGGCCGCCGCCCCCUCCCCGCCCCGGGUCACGCUGGCGGGGGGCCGCCGCCCCCCUCCCCGCCCCGGGUCACGCUGGCGGGGGGCCGCCGCCCCCUCCCCGCCCCGGGUCACGCUGGCGGGGGGCCGCCGCCCCCCCCCCGCCCCGGGUCACGCUGGCGGGGGGCCGCCGCCCCCUCCCCGCCCCGGGUCACGCUGGCGGGGGGGCCGCCGCCCCCUCCCCGCCCCGGGUCACGCUGGCGGGGGGGCCGCCGCCCCCCUCCCCGCCCCGGGUCACGCUGGCGGGGGGGCCGCCGCCCCCUCCCCGCCCCGGGUCACGCUGGCGGGGGGCCGCCGCCCCCUCCCCGCCCCGGGUCACGCUGGCGGGGGGCCGCCGCCCCCUCCCCGCCCCGGGUCACGCUGGCGGGGGGCCGCCGCCCCCCUCCCCCGCCCCGGGUCACGCUGGCGGGGGGGCCGCCGCCCCCCUCCCCGCCCCGGGUCACGCUGGCGGGGGCGUGGAGGGGGUGGGCAGGAAUUCGCCCCGCUAUCGGGUCGUCGUCGUCGUCGUCGUCGUCGUCGUCGUCGUCGUCAAAGUUGGGAUACUGGUUGGUGAAGGUAGACACCCCCACUGCUUGCAUUGUAUGGCCAGUACCAUCGGGGCAGAGACGAAAACGCAACGUCGACAACGGUGGUCAGACGCAGCAUGGACCGUGA